AUGCCCUGCGAGGCCGAGCUCAUAUCUUUCAGUGAUUUUGCAGACCACCAUCCUCAUAUUGAAGUGAUCGGCCUGGACAUCUCCCCGCACCAGCCACACCGGAUUCCUGUAAAUCUGAAGUUCGAGAUGGAUGGCAUCACACAGGGGUGGACAUAUCCCGCCGACACAUUUGACUACAUCCACAUGCGCUGGCUGGUGGGCUCAAUAAGCGACUGGAUCACUCUCUACAAGGAGAUCUUCAAGGCUCUCAAGCCAGGCGGCAUAUUUGAACGCAAAGAGUCGUCCUGCCUGAUUCAGAGCGACGACGACUCCGUCGGCCCGAAUACUGCACGAAAUCUCUGGCGCUUCUAUACGGCAACGUCUUGUCUUCGGGGUUUCGACAAGUUUCCGUCCUUCACGCCCGCCGAUUGA